AUGGGCUCGAUUCCAGACUCUGCCCCUGUCGUCAGGGUCUUUAUUGCGGGUGGCUCCUAUGCUGGCCUCUCUGCGGCCGUCAAUCUGCUCGAUCUGGGCGAUGGCCUGUCACCACGCAUGGCACACGAGCGGUAUCAGCACCACCCCAGCGUGCCCAAGGUGAAGUUUCAAAUCACCAUUGCCGAUGAGCGAGAUGGUUACUAUCAUUUGAUUGGAUCACCACUAGCCCUGGCGGAUGCCGAGUAUGCAAAGAAAGCCUGGGUCAAGUUCCAAGAUAUUCCUGGCCUGCAGCUCCCCAACGUCCAGUUCGUCCAAGGCUCGGUGUCCAGCGUAGACUGCGAAGCCAAAACAGCUACCGUCGUCAACUCCGUCACCAAAGAGGUCAUCACUCACCAGUACGACUACUUCGUCACUGCCACCGGCCUGAGAAGAGUGUGGCCCGUGGUGCCUCAGUCUCUGACUCGGAAGCAGUAUCUCAUCGAGGUUGAAGAGCAAAUCAGCGCCCUUGACGGUGCAAAAGAUGGCGUCGUCAUUGUCGGAGGCGGUGCUUGCGGCAUCGAGAUGGCUGCCGAGCUGAAGCUCGUGAAGCCGCAUCUCCAGGUGACACUGGUUCACUCGCGGGACAAGCUCAUGUCGUCUGAGCCACUUCCGGAUGAAUGCAAGGAUAAGUCCUUGGACAUGGUCAAGGAGGCUGGCGUCCAAGUGUUGAUGAACCACCGGUUGGCCAGCUCCAACAAGGUCGUAGCCCCUGACGGUGCGUCAAAGUAUGAAGUCGAGUUUACGAAUGGACACAAAAUGGUUGCGAGCCAAGUCAUCAUGGCUCUUUCUAAAAGCACUUCAACGGCUUCAUAUCUACCAUCAUCGGCUACCGAUUCCGAAGGUCUCGUCAAAAUUAUACCCAACAUGAGCUUCGAGUCUGGCACUCCCAACGCUGCAUCGCACUUUUGCGCCGGCGAUGUAACCAAAUGGUCAGGCAUCAAGCGAUGCGGCGCCGCCAUGCACGGCGGCCAUUACAUCGCCUACAACAUUCACCAAAGCGUUCUGAAGCAGGUUGUUGCUGAUCACCAACCAAAGUUCCAAGAGCUACAGGAAAUUCCGCCCAUGAUCGGCCUGGCGGUAGGCAAGAAUGCCGUUGCGUAUGGGCCUGACGUUGGGGUUGUUACUGGGCCUGAAGUAAUGGAGGCGUAUUUUAGAGAUGAUUUGGGCUGGGCAAUCUGCUGGAAUUACAUGCAGCUGGGGAACCAAGGAUCUGAUGUCAAGACAUUGGAGACAAAGUCUUCUUAA